UAUAAUCACUGAGGCCGAAUCCCUUGCAGCCGACGCAUCGGUGCAGCGUGGUGGGUUAUCGUCGCGCAGUACCGAAUACCGGGAGUUAAUCAAUAGUUUGCAUCAACACAGGUCUGCAUUGAAACGCUCGCUUGAAAAGAAGACUUUAACUCUAAAACUUUGUGAAAAUGAGUGCCAAGGAAGCGGACGCGCCGGCCGCUCAGCCGGUUGACGGAGCUGUCCCGGAGAAGUCAGCCAAACAGCUGGCGAAGGAAGCUCAAAAAUUAGCAAAACUUGAGAAGCUGAAGCAAAAGCAGGACAAAUUAGCUGCUGUCAAGCCAAACGAGGAGAAAAAAGAGAAAAAGGAGAAGAAGAAGGAGGUUAAAGAGGCUGCCGUAUACACCGCUGCAACUGCCCCCGGGGAGAAGAAGGAUGUCAACAUACCCAUGCCAGACUCUUACAGCCCAAAGUACGUGGAAGCAGCAUGGUACAGCUGGUGGGAGAAGCAAGGAUUUUUCAAGCCCGAAUAUGGACGAAAAUCCAUAUCUGAAGAAAAUCCCAAGGGAAAGUUUGUGAUGGUCAUUCCUCCUCCAAAUGUAACUGGUUCUCUUCAUUUGGGUCAUGCACUUACUAACGCUGUCCAAGAUGCAAUCACUCGAUGGCACCGCAUGAAAGGUCGUACCACUUUGUGGAACCCAGGAUGUGACCAUGCUGGUAUUGCUACUCAAGUUGUGGUUGAGAAAAAGCUUUGGAGGGAAGAAAAGAAAAACAGGCAUGAUAUUGGACGUGAGAAGUUCAUCGAAAAAGUUUGGGAGUGGAAGAAUGAGAAGGGUAACAGAAUUUAUGAGCAGCUAAAAAGCUUGGGCUCCUCUUUCGAUUGGGAUCGUGCCUGUUUUACCAUGGACCCUAAGUUAGUAAGAGCUGUCACCGAGGCAUUUGUCGUUCUUCAUGAUGCUGGUGAUAUUUACCGAAGCAACCGUCUUGUAAAUUGGUCCUGCUCUCUUAAGAGCGCCAUUUCGGACAUUGAGGUGGACAAAACUGAACUUCCUGGUAGAACUUUCCUUUCCAUCCCUGGCUACAAGGAUAAAGUAGAGUUUGGUGUGAUUGUUUCAUUUGCAUACAAAGUGGAAGAUUCGUCAGAUGAGAUCAUUGUGGCCACUACUCGAGUGGAAACAAUGCUCGGUGACACUGCCGUUGCUGUUCACCCAGAGGAUCCAAGAUACAAACAUCUUCAUGGCAAAAUGAUCUCUCACCCCUUCUGUGACCGCAAAAUUCCCAUUAUCUGUGAUACUUAUGUGGACCGUGAAUUUGGCACAGGUGCUGUGAAGAUUACCCCUGCUCAUGAUCACAAUGAUUAUGAAAUUGGAAAGAGACACAAUCUGCCAUUCAUCAACAUCAUUGAUGAGGAUGGCAAUAUCACUGGAGACUGUGGGGAGUUCAAGGGAAUGAAACGCUUUGAAGCUCGAAAAGCAGUUGUAGCGAAAUUGAAAGAACUUAGUCUCUACAAAGAUACUGUUGAUAACCCCAUGGUGGUGCCGAUUUGCAGCCGUUCGAAAGAUGUUGUUGAGCCUCUCAUCAAGCCACAAUGGUAUCUGAAGUGUGAUGAUAUGGCAAAGAAAGCUAUUGAUGUUGUGAAUUCAGGGGAGUUGAAAAUCAUUCCUGAGCAACAAAACAAGAUUUGGUUCCAUUGGAUGGAAGGUAUAAGGGAUUGGUGCUUGUCACGUCAGUUGUGGUGGGGACACAGAAUUCCGGCUUACUUCGUGACGGUUGAUGAUUCCUCAUUCAAGCAAGGCAGUGAAAUUGAUAAUGAGUAUUGGGUCAGUGGGCGUACUGAAGAGGAGGCAAGAGCCAAGGCUGCCAAGAAGUUCAACAUCGAAGCAUCCAAAAUAAAGCUUCGUCAGGACAGUGAUGUACUGGACACUUGGUUUUCUUCCGCUCUGUUCCCAUUCUCUAUCUUUGGCUGGCCAGACAACACAGAGGACUUACGCGUAUUCUAUCCUGGAUCGCUCCUUGAGACAGGUCAUGACAUCCUGUUCUUCUGGGUUGCCAGGAUGGUGUUUAUGGGUCAAAGGUUGCUGGGAAAAUUACCAUUCAGGGAGGUGUACUUGCAUCCUAUGGUCCGUGAUGCUCAUGGUAGGAAAAUGAGCAAGUCUCUUGGCAAUGUGAUUGAUCCCAUUGAUGUGAUCUGUGGAAUUGAGCUUGAGAAAUUACACUUGCAACUGCUUGAUAGCAACUUAGAUGAGAAGGAAAUUGAACGUGCCAAGCAAGGUCAGAAGCAAGAUUUCCCCACUGGUAUUCCUGAAUGUGGUACCGAUGCUCUACGUUUUGCUCUCUGCUCCUACAUGUCACAAGGUCGUGACAUUAACUUAGACAUCCUUCGUGUACAAGGUUACCGAUUCUUCUGUAACAAAAUCUGGAAUGCUACCAAGUUUGCAAUGACAUACCUUGGAGACGGCUUUGUUCCUAUCUCUCAUGCUGAGAUGAUUGCUAAAACUGGCAAAGAGUCACCCAUGGACCUGUGGAUGUUGAGCCGAGUUGCAGCAGCUGUGGAAAGCUGCAACAAAGCCUUUGAAAGUUAUGAAUUUCCAGUUGCUACCUCAGCUUGUUACAACUUGUGGCUUUACGACCUUUGUGAUGUGUACCUGGAAUAUCUCAAGCCUGUCUUCCAAAGUAGUGAUGAAGCAAAGAAGAAAGCGGCACAAAACACCCUUCACUUUGUCCUCCACUCCGGCCUUCGACUAUUGUCUCCUUUCAUGCCAUUCAUCACUGAAGAGCUCUUCCAGAGACUGCCCAAAGUGGCAAACGAGGUUCCCAGCAUUUGUGUGGCUCCAUACCCUGAUAUUGAACAGUAUCCUUGGAGAAAUACCGCCAUUGAGUCUGAAGUUGAAUUUAUGCAGAAAAUUGUACAUCUUAUCCGUUCUGCUCGGUCUGACUACUCUCUUCUCAACAAAACUAAAACUGAAGCCUUUUUGCGGUGUUCUGAUGCCAACCUGGAGAAGUCUCUCAGCAAAUAUUGUGAUGUCAUUGCCACUUUAAGUAACUGCAGCUCUGUAUUGAUGACAGCACCGCCUCCUGGAUGUGCUAUUUUCACAGCAUCUGAUAAGUGUGAGGUCCACCUUCUUCUCAAGGGUCUUAUUGAUCCAGCAAAGGAGACGGAAAAGCUUCAGAAGAAACAAGAAACACUCUCUCAGCAAGUGACCAAGCUGGAACAAGCAAUGGUGGCUCCUGAUUAUGAAGUUAAGGUUCCUGCAGAAGUUCGUCAAGCUAACUCUGAGAAGUUAAAUCAGAGCAAAGGUGAAAUAGAACGCUUGACCGCGGCUAUGAAGCAGUUAUCUACCAUGUAAUUUUAUUCCUAAUGUGUACCUCUGCAUUCGGCAUCAUUUGCAAGGGAUGUUAGGGAAAACAAAUGCAACAAAAAUAACAGAAAAGUGUAGCUUUAUUUAUGCCAUAGCCAUCUAAAUGAGAGUUACUAAUUAUUUAUGUAUUCCAAGCAUUAAGUCUUUAAUUUGUUAUGAUAUUUAUUUCUACUUAAACACUGUUACCUUAAAAUGACAACUGUUUAUUAGUUAAUUGAAGUCUAUUUGUUCAUAUUUGACAAAGAAUAAAGAUAACUUUUAAGAUGAAA